AACUCCCAGCCCGAGAGGCGGCGGGCGGACGUGCGAGCGAGCGCCCUUCCGACGUCGCACACGCUCCCAUCCUGACAAGGCACGGUACAGGACUGGCCGAUAUUCAGCGCCCAGCACGAGACAUCAGCGGGGAGCCGUCAGGCUGGCAAGGACGGGCGUUUGAACAAGAUGGCUCCGCGUUGUCCGACAAGCCCUGCCUCGCUCAUUCGGUCGAAGCAGCCUCGCACGGCGUCAGAGACAUAUCAAAGGCUUCAUGAUGGAGCGCACCCCCCGCAGGCCGCCUCGCCGCCUCGCCGUCAUGCCCACUACCAUCUGUCGCAGCCCAUAUUGCCGAGCUUCACGCCUCCCCCGGCAGCAGUGAGCUCUGCAUCCAACUCAUCGCUCUCACUUCAUCCUUCGGGCACUCGUUCUCAAUGGAACAUGAGGGCGCAGUCGUCUCGAGAUUCCUCGCCUUCGCCAGAUGCGCCCGUCAAGCUCGGCAGUAGUCAGGGCAAAUCGGGAGCUGCAGCCGGUACGACGGCUGCAGACAACUCGCCCUACGAGUAUCGCAGCGGUCCAGCCAACGGAUUCAAGUCAGAUGGCAGGCUGUACCCAUAUUUGACAGACGAGAGCUAUUACGCGCGCUACCGGGAUCCGGUCUCGCACGAUCACGAUCGCAACAAGGAAGCAAAGGUAAAAAACAAGAUGGUCAACAAGUAUGCCGCACCUUCGCGGUCGGCGGUGCCCUCAGGAAAGCAGACUAAGGACAAAGAUGCCCUCCUGGCCGCCUCGAGACGCCAUCGUAUACAGAUGGAGACAGCCUGGAUGGGCGGCACCGCUGGCUCGCCCGACAACUCCAGCUCGACUGGUGUGCCGUCCGGCGUAGCAGAAAUGGUGCGACCUUCGCCCCUCUUGCACGGAGUGGACGCUUCCACCCAGGUGGAGCGUGCCAUCGAGGCAAUCCAACGUCCCAUGGCGCUCUGCUUUCCUGGUUCGGGAUCCCAAUAUGUCGGCAUGGGCGCCUUCCUGCUCAAGUAUAAAUCUGCCCAACAGCUGUGGGAAGAGGCAGAGGAUGCCCUGGCGACCUUUGAGCACUGGCGUCGCGAUCUCCCACUUUCACAAUCCGAGCAAAUUCGACAGCUCGAUCUCGACAACUGGCCUUCCUGGCAGCAGGAGCGUUCGCCCGAUGAGCUGCAAAAGAUCGUCUUUGGGGGUCCACAAGAUGAGCUCACCAGGAGCUCGAACGCUCAGCCCGCCAUUCUCAUCACUUCACUCGCUUUCCUUCGUGUGCAAGAGACCGAAUAUGGCACGCCGGCGUCCAAAAUGGCUUCGCAUUUUGCCGGUCACUCCAGCGGCGAGUAUACAGCAGCUGUAGCUUCUGGAGCUCUCAGCUUUGCCGAUGGCGUCAGGCUCACCCGCCUGCACGGGCUCCUGACAUCUAGAACGCUGCAGCUGGCCAAAUUACAUCCCUACGUGAACGUCGAGGCGCCGAUGGAGUCUCGCGCCCAGAUGUCGGCACUCGUCAUUAACCCUGGCCACACUCACGAUGAGGUGAGGCUGUUGGUCGAGAAGGUGGCGCGCGAGCAUAGCGGGCACGAGGGCAUGGUCGAAGUGGCUAGCUACAACUCGUCGACACAAGUCAUCCUGUCUGGCAGCCGUGCGGCCGUCCUGAUCGCUUCUGACUUGCUCACGCGCGAAGGUAUAGCCGCUCGAGCUGCCGAUUUACCUGUGUGGGCACCGUUCCACUGCAGCUUCAUGAAACCAGCAGAAGCGGGCAUGAAGAUCGCAUUCGACACGGCAGUCCAAGUCCAUAAACCUAGGAAGCCUGUCGUUUCGGGCGUCACUGCGACGACGAUCAGUACAGCAGAUGAAGUGAAGCACCACAUACUCGACCAGAUCUCCCGACCGGUCCUCUGGUCGCAGAGCCUCGAUACGCUUUGCAAAGCGGGCGUGCAUGAGAUGGCCUUUAUGGGCCCCGGCAAAGCCCUCGCCAACCUCGCAAAGAAGGAGAUACAGAGAGGUAACCUCGGUCACGGCGCAGCAAGGCUCGAGGUCUGCACGACGGCGACAGAAGAAGAUCUCCUCGAUACACAAGCAUUUCUGACUUCGCCGCUGCCACAAUAAGUCAAAGACUGCCGGUCUGUACAUCGCAUAAUCCUGUUGUUGAAUAUUCGCGCCGUCCGUGCAUUCGUGUAAGCAUG